CUUUUUGCUCUAUCCAUUACAUAUCUGAUAAUAUUAAUGCAGUUCUUGAUGAAUGAAGAUAUAAAUAACAAAAUGAUGUUGAAGUCUAAACUAAUAAUCAAUGCAACAGAGGUCAGGAAAACCCCAACAAUAAGUUCAAAUUUCUAACGUCUGGGCGAGGUAUAUGUAAAUUGCAGCAAGAACACCAAAUAAUUGGCGAAAACAUGGAUAGUCUGCAAAUGUAAUCAAAAUAAAUAUUUAAUUAGAAAUAUAUUAUGUAUAAACAUAUCUUUAUCAA